AUGGUAAAAGAUGGCAAAGCCUUGCUGGGCCUGAGCGCUGUCCUGGCAGCCCUUCUGGCGUGCCAGCAGGUGCAGUUGAAGAUCGCGCCGGAAGGCUUCACGCCGAGCAUCGCCAAGGAGGAGAUCUCCAGUGCCACCCGGCAGCUCACGCAGGAGCCUGUAACCCCAGAGUCGGCGGCCACCUGGACGCAGGCGGUGGGCUCUCAGCUAGUGCAGGGCGCCAACGCGGUGGCUUUGCCGGCACGGGUGACUUUGCAGGGGGCCUUUGCCACUCGCGGCUUGCUUUCGGCGGGGUGGAAGAAGGGGGUGUUGCUGGCGCCUCUGGGCCUGCGCCUGCGGAGUUUGGGGCAGGCGGCCACGGGGUCGCAGGCGAAGGCGAUGGCCCAGGCCUGCGACCUGCUGAAGGUGACGUUCCAGUGCCCGGAACUCUACACUCUGCAUGCCGGCGAGGUAUCCUACAUGGCACGGGUUGUCCGUGGAGAUCUUCAUAGCUUCAUUCUCCAUGCCAAGGCUCGUUUUGCAAUGCUACGGUUUCCUCGGUAA